AUGGCCGGGGAGGCCGUUAGACAGCUCGAUACGAGCCAGGAGGGCUACUCCAUCCGGGAUUUGAUCCUCAAAACCCCUUUAUUAUUGAGAGAUUCAGUCGAGAUUGAAAUCCUCACGACCCUGAAACAGUUACGCAUCUCUGAUAUCGCUGACUCAGAAUGGUAUACGUUUUCCAUCAUGUCACACGACAGUACGGACGACAGUUGGGUCAAACAUUGCCAUGGGGUGGUCAGAGCCGGGGUCGAACACGCACCUAAAUUUCGGGAGAUCAAGCCGUAUGCCAGGUCUGUUGAUGUUGACAGAUGCUAUAGGAUGUUUGAGCGGCUUGGCUUUGCUUACGGCGAGAUUUUCCGGGGCAUUCGAAGCGUUUCUCUCCAUCCGACAGAGCCUAGGGCAUCAGGAACAGUAGUAGACAUGGACGAUAAACUCUCUAAUUACCCUCUCCACCCAGCCACUAUGGACAGUCACUUGCAGAUGUUCCACAUACUCACAGCCAAAGACCAGAAUUCCUCAAUGGGAACUAUCAUUCCGGCAGUCAUGAGUGAGGUCUACGUGGGAGGAAGUGCACCCCAGCUCAGCUUCGAGGGCGGAGUUACCAAAGCGAGCUCGGGUCAAUCCCUUGGGGAUAUCGUUGGCACUGCCAGAAACAAGAUACUCUUCUCCGUCUCCGGCCUCGUGGGAUUCCCCCUCAGCCUCACCCAGGGCUUCGAGGCGUCGCAACAGCUAUGCUCCCAAAUCAGAUGGAUGCCAGAUAUUGAUAUGGUCGCACCGAAUACCUUGCUUCGUGGUGAUCAGGAUGUUGAGCAGGAUCAGCUGUGGCAAGAUGCCAACAGAGUGUGUGAGCUGUGUAUCAUGGAGACGUAUGAACGUUUAAAAGAGGUUACCCCCGUCAAUGAUCAUCUGCGCAGAUGGCAACAAUGGAUCACAGCCGAGGCCAUCAGACUGCGUCAACAGGAUGAUUCUGAUCAGCCGGAGUCAGAGACAGGUGCCAGCAUGAGGUCGCGGCAGGAGACGAUAUCCCGAAUCUUGUCGGACUACGCGAAUACAAGAGGCACUCAGUCGAUUCUGUUCAAAUGCAUCGGCCAGAUCAUGGAAAACUGUGAUAGUAUUGUCCUUGGGGAGGUUUCAGCCCUCGAUGUGCUCGAGGUCGAGGGUCGGCUCGAAGAAUACAACGAAUGGAUGCAAUCUCAGUGUGAUUGGACCUAUUUUCUGUCACUCUUCGGUCAUUCAAACCCGACUAUUCGCGUGCUAGAGAUCGGAUCUGGGACUGGAGCUUCAACAAAAGCCAUAUUGCAACACCUUCGCUCUCCUGAAGGCAUACGGCAUUAUUCUCAAUACACGGUGACGGAGACAUCCGAAGCGUCCCUCAAGGCGGUCCAGAAGACCUUGGAGCAUAACGAAGGCAUGACCUAUACAUUGCUCGAUAUCUCUGUCCAGCCUGAGACACAAGGAUUUGAUCCGCAAAGCUAUGACUUGAUUAUUGCUUCUAAUUUGUACACGACGCCGCGACUCGGGACAGCCCUACAGCAUAUACGCCAGCUGCUAGCCCCGAACGGUCGAUUGUUACUUCAUGAACUUUGCCCUGAAACACUGAUCACCGAGUACUUGAUGGGGUCUCUCAUUCAAUGGUCAUCAGCGGAAGACUUCAGAGUAAACAAUAAACCGUAUAUAUCGCCGGAUCGAUGGGAUACAGAGCUCCGAAAUGCCGGCUUUGUUGGCGCGGAAGGGAUGGCCUACGAUGUGCCGCCUCCAUAUCAGACCUACUUCUCCAUGCUCUCUCGCGUGCCUUUCCCGCAGCCUGAGACUGAGACGUAUGAGAUAGUAACUCUGCUGAUAAUGGGCUCUCCCGGACCAUGGGCGAACGAAGUGGCAACCCGCUUUCGUGAGGUGGGCUGCGUCGUAAAUUGGGUAACGCUGCAAGACACUCCCCCAGAAAAUCGUUGGAUCAUCUCCCUUCUAGACCUGGACGGUCCAUUCCUGAAUGAUAUUUCUGAGGAACGUUAUGUUUCUCUCAAAUCCUUUUUGCUGGCAACUGACAAAUCACACGUAAUCUGGGUAACAAACAGCUCGCAGAUCGACUGUGUCGACCCUCGCUUCGGGCUGAUCCUGGGGCUGAUGCGUACCCUCCGCCAUGAGAUGACCGGCAGAUUUUCUCUGUUCGAGACUGAUUGUUACACGCAACCGGCAGCUGGGGCUCUAAUCAAAGUGUUUGAGAAGCUGCAGCGCGUAGGACAAUAUUCUGAUGCAGGAAUGGCUGAGUCCGAAUAUUCCUUCUUCCAGGGUGCGAUACACGUCGGCAGAUGCCACUGGAUGCAUACGGAGCAAAUUUCACCGCGGCCAAAAACACACUCCCCGCGGAAGCUGGAUGUCGGUUCGUUUGGCCUGAUAGACACGACACAUUGGGUGGCAGUAAAUGAUCAUCGAGGAGAUUUGGGCAAAGGCCAAAUCGAGGUCGAUAUGCAUUAUGUCGGCUUGAACUUCAGGGAUAUAUUAGUAGGAAUGGGCGCCUUUGGGAACCCCGACGAGCUCGGUCUUGAGGGUACUGGGGUCGUCAACCGCGUCGCAUCCGACGUGAAGGGUCUGCAACCAGGGGACGAAGUCAUGAUGUUAUCCGGCGGGCUUUUUCGUACUCGCGUAGUCGUGCCUGCUAGGUUCUGCCUGAAGAUCCCAGCAGGCUUGGCCAUGGAUGAUGCAGCGACGAUGACGUCCGUUUAUAUGACUGCUAUGUUUUGCCUCUGUCACCUUGGGCGCCUCCGAGAGGGCGAUUCCGUGUUAAUCCAUUCGGCUUGCGGCGGACUGGGCCUUGCAGCCAUCCAGGUUUGUCGGACGGUGGGUGCAGAAAUUUUCGCAACGGUCGGAAAUGAGGAUAAGGUUGCGUAUUUGAUCAAGGAGUUUGGAAUUCCGCGAAAUCAUAUCUUCAGCUCCCGAAACAGCGACUUCCUCCCAAAUCUGAUGGCGGAGACCCAUGGCCGUGGAGUGGACAUCGUUCUCAAUUCGCUAUCUGGGAAGCUACUGCACACUUCGUGGAAAUGUGUGGCACCUUUCGGUCGGUUCAUCGAGGUCGGGAAACGAGACUUUCUGGCCAACGGCCAGUUGGACAUGGCCCCGUUUAUUGAGAAUCGGUCCUAUAUCGGGUUCGACCUCUUCCAAAUGGGCAAGCAGAACCUCCCAGAACAUGAACAGCUGCUGCAACAGUUUCAGGACUGGUACGAUCGUGGCCAUAUCAAGCCUAUCCAACCCGUUACAAUCUUUGAGGCGCCGAAGGUGACCGACGCCUUCCGGUAUAUGCAGCAGGGCACCCACAUGGGGAAGAUAUUAAUCCGAAUGCCCUCCGAUCCAAUGGAGCUGGCCCCGACCUCCCAGCCUGCGGUAAGCUUCUCGCCCGACAAGUCAUAUCUUCUCGUGGGUGGCCUGGGUGGGGUGGGCCGUUCCGUAUCCCUAUGGAUGGCGCAGCGUGGUGCACGACAUUUGGUGAUUCUGUCCCGUUCUGCUGGACAGUCCGAUGCCGAUCUGGCAUUUAUCCACGACCUCGAAGAACAAGGCUGUCAAGUCAUUCGUGUGGCAGGAAGUGUCGCCACCGCUGCCGAUGUCGAGUCGGCUAUUGCUAGAUGUCCACGACCCCUGGCUGGGGUUCUCCAACUGUCAGCGGUUUUGAAAGACCAGAGUUUCGCCAAAAUGACCUACGAUGACUGGAAUACCUGCCUUGCCACAAAGGUUCAGGGAACUUGGAAUCUUCACCACGCUGCCUCUGGCCAGCCGCUCGAUUUCUUCGUCGUUUUCAGUUCGAUCGCCGGCAUCUGUGGCAACCACGGCCAGGCAAACUACGCCGCCGCCAAUACAUUCCUCGACAGCUUUACGCGCUACCGCCGUCACCUGGGUCUCCCAUCGGCUACCCUUGCUCUUGGAGCAGUGGAAGACUGUGGUAUCGUCAGCCGUGAUGCAAAAUUGCUGCAAGCAAUGCAAGCAGCUUCCGUACGACUUGUCAGAGAGGACGAGCUCCUGGAAGGUCUAGAGCUGGCAAUACGCCAAUGCAAUUCUCCACCAACCUCUAUCAAUCAAGGUAUAACAUCAGACGCUUGUAUAAUCGGCCUCGGAAAUACCCGUACAACCAGCGAUCCUACAGUCCGGACAGCGUGGGUGCCUUCCGACUCACGAUUCUCCGUCUACGCCAACAUCGAGAUGAAGGAAGGACAGAGCGCAACAGCCGGCGGUGCAGCAAUCAAAGAGCUCCUGCGGAGGGUCGACCAGAACCCGGCCAUGCUGAUUGAGCCCGAGGUGGAGAACAAUUUGACAUACGAAUUGAGCAAGCACCUGGCAAGACAUAUGCCGCGAGCUGCUGAGAUGUCCACGGAGGAGAUUGUAGAGAUGCCUAUUGACUCGCUUAUGGCGGUGGAGAUUCAGCGCGGGUUGCGAAGCGAUCUCAAUUGGGAUAUUAGUAUGGUGGAGAUUGCGAAGAUCGGGAAGGUUGGAAGGUUGGCGGAAGCCGCUGUUCAGCAUUUGAAGGAGAAGUAUGGACUUGUGAAGGAAGGGAAGUAG